UGAGGUUUACGUACAGGAAGAUGCCUGUGCGUUUUAAAGCGACGUCUUCGACCACUUAUCGUUGCGAAAAAAAUCUUACAGAUGUAAAUUGAAUCGUUUCUCUAUUUUCUUUUUUAUUCGACAGAUACUGGUCAUUUCAAGCAUAUUCCAUAGUAACGUCUUGAUUACUGGACGAAGGAAAAUGUCGACCCAAGAAGUACUUUACUCACCAAGUGAAUGGAGUAAAAGAUUUAAACCGGAAGAAUUAAUAUCACGAUUUUUAAUCUUUGCAGUGAACGUAACGAAAAAAGCAAGAAACACUACAAAGUGUCUUUUAGACAUCCCAUAUGGUCCAACAGAGCGUACGAAAUAUGAUAUUUAUGGAACCGACUUACCCAAUGAUGCACCAAUAUUUAUAUAUAUUCAUGGUGGUUAUUGGCAAGAAUUAAGUAAAGAUUUCGGAGGAUUUUCAGUCCCAGUUCUUGUCGCCAAUAAAAUUAAAGUUGUAUCGAUCGGAUAUGAUCUAUGUCCUAAUGUUAAAUUACAGGAUAUAAUUUCUCAAAUAAAAAUUGCAAUUGAGACAAUUUUAAGUUCUGCUGUAAAUUCUGGAUGUCGAUGCGUUUGGAUAUGCGGUCACAGUGCCGGUGCACAUUUAGCAGCCGCAUUUUUACACGAUACAAAAUGGAUUGAAUGUAUGACGAAGCGAGGAUAUUUUCAAUUGAUAAAAGGUCUGUUGCUCGCUGGCGGAAUUUAUAAUUUAGGACCUCUUACCAAUACCUCGUAUAAUGAAGCUUUAAAACUUACGGAAGAUGAUAUUAAAGAAUUAAGUUUUUCUACUCUCGAUACUAAAGAAUAUAAACCUAUCAAAAAUUUAAAAGUAAUCGUUACUGUAGGAGAGUGUGAUUCUCCUGUAUUUAUUAACGAAACACGUGAAUAUGCUCAAGUAAGUCUUACAAUACAUAAAAUUUAUAAAAUUCCUAUAUGUGAAAUUAUUAAGUUCAAAAUAAUAUUCUUUUUUCUUUUUUUUUUUUUUUUCUCUUUCUUUCAGAAAAUUAUGUCUUUUGUGGAUAACGUAGAGUAUAUUUUAUUACGCGACAACAUUGAUCAUUUUGAUAUCGUAGAAAAUUUAUUAGAUACUGAAUUUGUUUUAACACGAUUAAUAUUGCAAUAUAUGAAUGUAUAGAAACACGAAUACUUAAAGUAUAUAAUUAAAAACGAAGCAUACAUAUAUACUUUUACACAAGUUUUACGAUCAUUUAUCAAUUAAAUGGUUUUAAUUGUAAUUAAUUGUUUAUGUAUUAUUCAUUAUUUGAAUUCUUGAUUUCUACAUAUAAAUACAAUUAUUUUAAUGUUUAAAUAUACAUAUAAAAUACUUAACACCAAAGUGCUAAGUUUUUCUAAACUAUAAAUGUCAUUAUAGUGAUCAAAGUAUACAUAUUUUGGUUUUGUUCGCAGUCAUUUUGGUUUAUUUUUUGAACUUCCUAUAAUGGACAUUCCUAUCGAAUUUGUUGUAUGUACUUGUUCUGCUGGUACAAGAAGGUGCACGAUAGUUUUAUUUUGUUUUGUUCCGUUAUUAUUUCCAUUAUUAUUUGUAUUUUGUCGAUUAGAAGAAUGUGGUAAAUGUAUAAUAGUAUUAACGGAACUUACAUCAACUACUUGUUUUACCACAGAUAAAGAUUUUAUGUUUGA